GCAAAUGCACCAUUUGCUUUAUGAUUUUAUAUUGUGUGUAUAGCCUAAGCAUCUUCUUUUGAGGAGUCAGCCUGCUUAAUGUGGAUACCAACACACAGAGCACUGUAAUGCAGUUUCAUUGAUCUGCUCCCAGCCCACUCUCCCUCCCGUCCCACGCCAGGGCGAUGCGUCUGGUUGGGAAGCUUCGAUCUCCUCAGCUGAUGCCAUUCUCGCCGCGUGCGAACCUCCGGGAUCCAAGCGCCAGAUCCCCGGCAUGACGGCGGUCUUCCUCGCCCUCACGGCCGCGCUCCUGUGGCCGAGCGGCGGCCACUCGUCAUUUAUUCAACCGUUCGGCGACUGCGCCCGCAGCCGUGGAUCAGGCGCCUCGUAUCGGGGCGCGAUCGACGUCACCGAGUCCGGCGCACGGUGUAUGAACUGGAGUGAGGUGGGCGGCUUCACGGAGCGUCACCCGGGCAAAGGCGUCGGGGAGCAUAAUCAGUGCCGGAACCCUGACGGCAGAAUCCGAGCGUGGUGCUUCUUCCGGAACCAAAGAGGCAGGGUGGACUGGGGCUACUGUGACUGUAAACAAGGUUCAGUUCGUCUGCAAGGGGGCCGCUCCAAACUGGAUGGCAAGGUGGAGGUCUAUCUGGGUGGUGUUUGGGGCUCCGUGUGCAGCGAUGACUGGCGAGAUGAAGACGCUACAGUUGUGUGCAGGCAGCUGGGCAGGGGCCUCUCAGGUCGGGCCCAUGCGCUCCCGCUGUCUCGUCCGAGCAUAGCUAAGUUCCACUGGAGGGCUGUCCGCUGCCAGGGAGAUGAGCCCGAUCUGCUUCAGUGUCCCAAAACCAUGUGGAAUGGAGGCGAGUGCUCCAUGAGUGCAGCUGUGACCUGCACUAAAGAGCACGGUGUGGUGAUGGUGCCUAUACGGCUGGUAGGCGGCCAGGCAAUGUCGGAGGGCACAGUCGAGGUGUUCCAUGCAGGCCAAUGGGGCUCCAUAUGUGAUGACCAAUGGGACGACAGUGAUGCAGAGGUGGUAUGUCGACAAUUGGGCCUGAGUGGUGUAGCACGGGCAUGGCGCCAGGCCCAUUAUGGAAAGAGCUCUGGCCGUGUAUGGCUGGAUGAGGUGAGAUGCACAGGAAAUGAACUGACUGUGGAGCAGUGUCCGAAAAGUGCUUGGGGAGAACACAAUUGCCUGCAUUCCGAGGACGCCGGCGUCUCUUGUAGUCCUCUGACAGAUGGUACUGCUAGGUUAGUGGGCGGGACUGGGCGCAACGAGGGACGCUUAGAGGUCUUCUACCGUGGACAGUGGGGAACCGUGUGUGAUGAUGAAUGGACAGACUCAAAUACUCAAGUCGUGUGUCGCCAACUCGGUUACAGGUUAGGCCAAACUCUGGCCCCUGAAGGCCUCGACAUCACGCCGGUGCCUCGCUUCGGGGUUGCGUCUGGUCCUAUUCUUUUGGAUGACGUGAGCUGCACAGGCAAAGAACCCAGCCUAUUGCUUUGCAAACGGGAGGAGUGGCUCCGUCAUGACUGCACACACCACGAAGACGUUAACAUCGCAUGCAAUGCAGAACGCAUUGGAGAUGGCCUCCCGACUAGUAUCCCAGUGAGGCUCGUGGGAGGAGAAAGCCCCAGAGAAGGGCGGGUGGAGGUCUAUCUAUCCGGUCAGUGGGGGACGGUGUGUGAUGAUGGAUGGAAUGAUCGAGAUGCUGAAGUUGUGUGUCGACAGAUGGGAUACAGCGGGCUGGCCAAAGCCCGUGUGAUGGCGUACUUUGGCGAGGGGACGGGGCCCAUCCACGUCGACAACGUGAAGUGCAGCGGUGACGAGCGCUCCAUCGCCGACUGCAUCAAGCAGGCUCCCGGCAUUCACAACUGCCGCCAUAGCGAGGACGCCGGAGUCAUCUGUGACUACGGUGAACUCCAGCCAGGCCACGGAGAAGCCAAAGCUCCUGUCAAUCAGAUUUGUGGGCUGCGGCUCAUACACACUCGGCAGCGUCGAAUCAUCGGAGGAGAGAACUCUCUGAGGAGUGGCUGGCCAUGGCAGGCUGCGAUACGCUUGCGGGGAUCCCGAGGAGACGGGAGGCUGGUGUGUGGAGCAACUCUGAUUGACACCUGUUGGGUCCUCACAUCAGCACAUUGCUUCAAGAAGUAUGGAAACAGCACCAAGCAGUACAAAGUCAGAGUGGGUGACUAUCACUCCCUCGUCCCUGAGGAGUACGAGGAGGAGUACGGUGUCGCUCAGAUUGUCCCGCAUCCGAGUUACCGCUCCCACAGCAACGAUUAUGACCUGGCCUUGGUUCGGCUGUCACCGGGGGCCGUGGGCCACACACCGGGAGAGUGCGUGCCAUUCAGCCGUCACGUCCUUCCCGCCUGUCUGCCCCUGAAGAAGGAGAGAGCGCUCAAACAAGCGAGCAACUGUCACAUCACUGGCUGGGGUGAUACAGGUGAGCUUUUGUGUGUGCGUGUGUGUGUGUGUGUGUGUGUGUGUGUGUGUGUGGGUGAGGGCAGAGUGGCUCUCACCUGCAAAACAAGCCGGGGAAACUGUCAUCGAUGACAGUAUGUUGUCCCUGCAAAUUGUCUUCUAGUGGGGUGGCUUGAAACACCUUGAAGAGGAUGAUAUCCAAUACCAAUAGGUGUCUUGCUCUGUAGUAGAACAAAGCUCUCUGAAAGUACACAGAAUAUACCUUUCACGUGAGAAAAAAUAGCUACUGUAUUUGCAGAUUAUAAUACUAACCUAAAUGCCACCCUAAAUUUAAGUGUAUUGAGUGCACUGUGGGCGCAGCCCCCAACGAUUUGCAAUACGUUAUUUACGCAUUCACCAAUUUACGGUCCUUUCUGUGGAACCUAUUCCUCCACUAUUGGCUGAAAAACACUCCGGUCAACAUUUUUUUUGGGCCCUUUCUAUCAUGCUCUUACUCAAAGAUCCCACAAGAUGGCACCAAACCCAUGGCUAAUAGGAAAGCCAUAAAUUGUGUCAAGGAAAUAUCUUCAAGUG